GCUGUUUCCGACACACACACACACCCCUAGCCAUUACUGUUCAAAGCGUGACUGACCCCCUUCUCCCCCCACCCACCCCCCGACAUUGAGGUUAGUUAAUGCUGGCCCACCCUGCAGGGUUGGCAGCAGCAGCGGGCACCCUCCGGGGCAGCCCCCCUCACUUGGAUAAAUGCAAACAUGGGGGAGGGGGCAGUGUGCAGAUGUUGUCUCCCAGCAUCCACAGCUAGGGGUCAUUGCAGCUGGGGAUGAUGGUGGUUGUCGUCAACAGCGUCUGGGAAUCCCUUUUACAGGGAACUGGGGGGGUGUGGGGGUGUAUGGAUGUUACCAGAAGAACUCGAGGGUUGUGUCAGUUCCAGGGAAUGCCACCCAGAAAUGGAAUUCAUUUCAUGGCCAGUCAGGAGGAACCCUUGCAUUUCAGGGGGCAUUCCCUGUCCUUCGCUUUUAGGAUGUCCUGACUGUCUCUCCCAUCUAGGAUUUGCAUGCUGACAGUCCCACAUUCAAUCCCUGGCAGGAUCUCCAGGAAGGGGUGGGAGAGACUCCUGCCUGAAACUAUGGAGAGCUGCAGCUGCUGCUGCCAGUCAGUGUAGACAUUACCCAGCUACAUGGACUCAGGACGAGACAGCUUCCUCUGUUCCUAAGAUGGUAGUAAGUGGUUGGAAUAGCAAGAGCGGCACACCAUUUCCACUUAGAAAGCCCAAGGCUCUGUGUCUUGCCUGCUGAGACCCUGGGGGGGGGGCGGGGAGUACAAGGAUGCGUCCCUGCAUCACUAGACGCCUGGCUGGCAACCCUACAAACCACACAGUCCCAUGCAUGUUGACUGGAAAUUAAGGCAUCUCCCCCCCACCCUUUUAAUGGGGCUUGCUCCCAGGUAAGUGUGCAUGGGAUGCAAUCAAAAUCUGCAAUCCUACCUAUGCUUCUUAGGGAGCAAGGCCCACUGAAGUCAGUGGGGGCUUACUUCUGAGACAACAGCAUUGAGGAGGGCAGUGGAGGGCUGCCAUCCUGAACACCAUCGCCUGGGAGUAAGCCCUACUGAGCAUAAUAGCAUUAUUUACUUACAGGGAGCAUGCAUAGGAUUGCACAAUUACCGUAAGGCUGCAGUCUCAUGCACUCACCUGGGAGUAAGCCCUGUUGAACCACCGUUGGGCUUCACGGUGUGAAAGCUCAGGAGGCAGCAGCUGGGCUGAAGUUCGGCAAGGCUGGUGGGUACCUGACCUGGAUGGGAGCCGUUUCUGCUAAAUCCUGACUAAAUUACUCAAUGAAAGUCUGAUGGAAACUAAAUAGACCUUCACAGUCAUUCCUGAGUAGUGAAAUGACUUGACUAGCAAGCCAGAGAUUGCCAGUUCGAAUCCCCGCUGGUAUGUUUCCCAGACUAUGGGAAACACCUAUAUCGGGCAGCAGUGAUAUAGGAAGAUGCUGAAAGGCAUCAUCUCACACUGUGCGGGAGAUGGCAAUGGUAAACCCCUCCUGUAUUCUACCAAAGACAACCACAGGGCUCUGUGGGUGCCAGGAGUUGAAGUUGACUUGACAACACACUUUAACUUAGUCUGGAUGUCAGUCACUGUUUAUUGCCCUGACGGUGGUAGUUUAGUCACAAGCCUUUAAAGUUGCCUUCACAAUCUCUGUCCACAUGCCUCAGGUUACAGGGGCCAAGCACAGCCAUUAAACCACUAAUAUUCUGUCACCUGAGAGACAAGUUGUGUGUUUGUAUAAGAAGGCAGGUGUCAGCUAUAGACCACGAACCUGACACCACCUUAUUCCCCUGGUGGUAUAAUUUUCACAAAGGCUUUAAAAAAUUUUAUUUUGAAGUAAUUGAGGAAUUCCUUCCUUUCUUAAUCAUUUAAAAGGCUAAAUAGUCAUCUUAUUUUCAGAGACAUGUUUUAUACAUAUUCUUGUUCAGAACUGCCCUGCCAUUUCAAUGUAUAAAAUGGCUUUCUGGACAGGAAAGGUUGAGUAUCAAGUGGCCACGGAUCAGUCCGUCUGUCCAAUAUGACUUGCUAUUCUCGACAGUUUGGGAGGAAAUGUAAAAGAUGACGGUUGACUAUGGAUCACUAUUUUCUUGUCAGCCCAGGUCAUGUUCUCUUUCCCCAAUAUGUCUGUUCUCCAGAGACAACAAUCACAGAACAGUCACUAAUGAAACUUGUUUUCUUAACUAAAGGGUCAUUUCUCCCCACCCUUCAGUAAUCCUGCAGCAGCAAGAAGAUUGGCUUAAUCAGUUCCCUUUGCUUUGCUAUAUAGAGCCUUCUUUAUUAUAUCCAAUGCUUGAACUGUUAGUUUUCUUGUACUUAUCUAUUUAGACUUAUCUUUAGAUCCUUAAUAUGUUCUAGCAGGUAGGUUAAAUGGUCCACCCCUUUCAUUCAUUCAUUUAAGAAUUUAAAAGUUCAGUCUAGAUACAUUCCAUAUUUUUCAUAUUACAAGACAGGUGGUUUUGUACAAACAUAAGAACAGCCCUGCUGGAUCUGGCCCAAGGUCUUAUCUAGUCCAGCAUCCUGUUUCACAUAGUGGCCCACCAGAUGCCUCUGAGAAGCCCACAGGCAGGAGCUGAGGGCAUAUCCUCUCUCCUGCUGUUGCUUCCCUGCAACUGGUAUUGAUACCUCUUGCCUCUGAGGCUGGAGGUGGCCCACACAGCCACCAGCCUAGUAGCCAUUGAUAGACCUGUCUUGCAUGAAUUUGUCUAAGCGCCUUUUAAAGCCAUCCAAGCUGGUGGCCAUCACCAUAUCCCAUGGCAGAGAAUUCCAUAGUUUGAUUAUGUGCUGUGUAAAAAAGGACUUCCUCUUGUUGAUCCUAAAUUUCCCGACCUUCAGUUUCUGGGGAUGACCCCUGUUUCUAGCGUUGUGAGAGAGGGAGAAAACUUGAUCUGUCCACUCUCUCCACUUGAUGCAUCUCUAUCGUGUCUCUCCUUAGUCGCCUCUUUUCCAAAGUAAAGAGCCCCAGAUGCUGUAGCCUAGCCUCCUACGGAGGCUGCUCCAGACCCCUGAUCUUCAUGGUUGCCCUCUUCUGCACCUUUUCCCCAGGGUGGUAUAGAUAGAAACCUGGUAACUAGCUGAUUGCAUCAGAGGAGGAAGUGAAAGCACUCGUCUCAAACCAAUAAAAUACUGUUUAGAAUUAUUAGAGGAGACUUAUAAGCCAUCAUGCUCAACCGCUUGCUUGCUUACUUGUGACACAACUUGGUAUAUAUGUGUGUGGCAAGGCAGGAAGGGCAAGUAUGAAUUAUCUUCACAAAGUGUUUUAGAAAUUUCACAUAGACAAAAUUGUCUAGAAUGAUCCCAAUUUUGCUUUAGUAGUACUAAGUCAGUAGUAGUAGUAGUAGUACUACUACUACUACUACUCUGGGAAGAACAGCUGAAUGCUUGAAUGCAGAAGGUUCCAAGUUCCCUCCCUGGCAGCAUCCCCCAGACAAGGCUAAGAGAAAUUCCUGCCUGCAACCUUGGAGAAGCCGCUGCCAGUCUGUGUAGACAAUACUGAGCUAGAUGGACCAAUGGUCUGACUCGGUAUAUGGCAGCUGCCUAUGUUGCUGAUUAGAUUUUGCCAUAGUCCUACAGACUAUUCAGCAUGUUUUGUCACCUUUCAAAAUCUGAAAAGCCUUUUAAAUAUCUUGUACUUGUUAAACAAGCUGACCAUGUUUUUCUCUGUAUUUGGGAAAGGUGUGAAUGGAUCUAGAAAUCAACGCUUAAUAAAAUAUCUAAAAUCAAUAAGGUAUUAUUGAGUCUCAUUAAAAUGGUUUGUAUAAAGGCCUUUCAGGGUGUGUUUUUAAAGCCGAAACUAUAGAGACUCCAAUUCAGUAAUUAUACUGAAAUUCUGUAUUUCAUUGAUCUCCUUUUAUUUCCACUUGGUCUCUCACUCUGUGUCAAACAUUUUUCCAUCUUAAAAAAUACUUCAUAACUCAAACAUGUUGGUGGUAUAAACCGCUGCUUUUGUUCUGUUCCUGGUGGAUCAUGCAUCCUGUUUUCCUCCCAGGAUUCUUUUCUAUUUUAUAAAAAUUGUCAGGAUGUUCCACUUUUUCACAACCUCAUUAAGUUUCAGCCACACACAAAAAUUGUGGAGAAUUUAUGCCACUGUAGCGGCUGACCUAGUGAAUGUUCUGGGGUGUGCUGAGGUGGCAGUUCAGCAGUCCUGGCUUAGUCUACAUUGGGAAUAUUUGGCAAAGGUAGUAUGUGUAGUGGAAAUCUGCAAACUCUAUGUCAGAAUGUAUUCCAAAAAAUACUUGCACAUUUAUUUGUUUGGGUUGACCUCUCCUGCCUCUUCCCAAAUCCUUGACACCAGACACAAAGGCAGAAAGCUGGCCCCUUUGUCACCUUCACCAGUGUGAAAUUAAUUAAAAUCCAGAGUCUCCUCCGUUAGCUGAAGAAGUGGCCUCAAAGAAGGAAGAGAAAACAUUGAAUGACCUUGUGGACAUUUUGCAAGAUAUGGUGAAAAACGUCCCAACACGGCAAGCAGCAGUCCAAACAGCCACCUCACCGCUACGGACGGUCUUAGCAUCAAUCGCAGAGCCUUCUCCAUCGCCCUCGGAAACUGUGGACACUGUUUGGGUAAAUAUGAAGCCCACUGUUACUGAACCCAUAGAAACACUUUCCAUGGUUGAAAAAAUUAACCCUACUGCUACAACCGUGUUUUGGAAACUCCGACAUGAUGAAGAGGCAUCUGUGGUUUUGCAUUCUGAAAUAACGACUCCAGAAACUUCCCAAAGUGUUGCCAAUGCAGCAGCUGCCAUCAUUUCUGAGACUACCUUAGAAAAACCGCGUGUCAGUGUAGUGGAGAAAGGUACUACCAAAGAAGAAAGUAAGAGUUUUGAUCAACUAACAAAUGGAUCCUUGGCAAGUCUGGUGGAGUCCCUAAAAAAUGUUAAAAAGUUACACGCAGCAGUCGCUGAACAAAAAGAACAGGAAAGCCAUACUGAAGAGACUACAGAGGAACAUCAGCAUCACCCUUCAGGUGCAGACAUCUUGGACUUGAUUGACACAUUAAUCCAUACAAUACAGAAGGCACCUUCUUCUGUUAAAGAAGAUCCAGGUCUCCACAAGUAUGUUGAAAUAGCAGAGAACUACCUUAAGAAUGCUCUGGAACUAGCAGCAGAGGCGGAGAAGAAACUGAAGCAAAAGAAUAGUCCCUCACCACCAGCCCCUCCACCUGAGCCAACGACAGAAGUGCUGCUGGACAUACAUCCCUCACCUCCAGCACCUCCAUCUGAACCAGAGCAAGAGCUGCUUCUCGAGAUUCACGCCACACCAUCAGCAUCUCCGCCUGAACCAAAGACGGAGCUGUUGCUUGACGUUCAUCCUUCGCCACCAGCAGUUCCAUCUGAUCCAACGACAGAGGUAUUGCUUGAAGUUCGUCCCUCAUCACCUGCACCUUCUCCUGAGCCAUCCACAGAGCUGUUGAUUGAGAUUCAGUCCUUGCCACCUGCACCUCCAACUGAAACAGUGACAGAGGCGUUGAUCGAGGUUCCGUCUUCGUCACCUGCGCCUCCAACUGAAACAGUGACAGAGGUGUUGAUCGAGCUUCCGUCAUCGCCACCUGCACCUCCAACUGAAACAGUGACAGAGCCGUCUUCGUCACCUGCACCUCCAACCGAAACAGUGACAGAGGUGUUGAUAGAGCUUCCAUCAUCGCCACCUGCACCUCCAACUGAAACAGUGACAGAGCCGUCUUCGUCACCUGCACCUCCAACUGAAACAGUGACAGAGGUGUUGAUCGAGCUUCCAUCAUCGCCACCUGCACCUCCAACUGAAACAGUGACAGAGCCCUCUUCGUCAUCUACACCUCCAACUGAAACAGUGACAGAAAUAUUGCUUGAAGUUCAGUCCUCUCCACCUGCACCUCCAACUGAAACAGUGACAGAGGUGUUGAUCGAGGUUCCGUCUUCUCCACCUGCACCUCCAACUGAAACAGUGACAGAGGUUUUGAUCGAGGUUCCGUCUUCACCACCUACACCUCCAGCUGAAGCAGGGACAGAAGUAUUGCUUGAAGUUCAAUCCUCACCACCUGCACCUCCAACUGAAGCAGUGACAGAAAUAUUGGUUGAAGUUCAAUCCUCACCACCUGCACCUCCAACUGAAACAGUGACAGAAGGAUUGCUUGAAGUUCAAUCCUCACCACCUGCACCUCCUACUGAAGCAGUGACAGAGGUAUUGAUUGAGAUUCAAUCCUCACCACCUGCAUCUCCAGGUGAAGCAGCAACAGAACUCUUGAUCGAGAUUCAAUCCUCACCACCUUCACCUCCACCGGAACCAACAACAGAGGUGUUGAUUGAGGUUAGUUCCUCACCUGCACCUCCACCUGAACCAACAACUGAGGUUAGUUCCUCAGCUCCAGCACCUUCACCAACAACAGAAGUCUUGCUUGAGGUUAGUUCCUCACCUCCGGCACCUUCACCUUCACCAGCGACAGAAGUCUUGUUUGAGAACAGUUCCAUGCCAUCAGCCUCUCCGCCUGAACCACAGCUGACCAUUGAGGUGGCACAAACUCCCUCUGAGCCUCUAGAAGAAAAGGCAAAAGAUGUACAAAUGGAAAUAGGAAGGUUAAAGGCCUUUAUUAACUUGCUCUAUGGUUUUAGUCCCCAACUGACUAUGUACUCACAACCAUCGCCCAGGGAAAAAGCAGCUAAGGAGAUUGUCAACAGAGCAGUGGCCGUCAUCAAUGCCAUAAAGAGUGUUUUCUGUGGGGAAAAACCAAGGCAAAGCAAAAAGGUGCUAAAACAGUUGCUAAAGGAAGACAUGGAGCUUGUAAAAAAAGCCAUGAAAGGGAAAAGAGUUUCUUAAGAAGAUAUAUUUUGUUUCUUGGUAGUAUAGAUAUUUUUCAUCAGAUUUUAUGUAUGAUUGGAAGCCCACUUUCUCAUUUGUGACAGCCAUCUAAAUAUAUCUGUUUGUAGCCAUUUCCAAGUCUGGAAUUAAAUGCUUAUUUUUAAAUAAAUCUUUUAUUUUCUC